CUCGACGUCCUCCAGGUCAGCAAGCGCUGCGCCGGCAUCACCUCGUCUCGCCUGCGGGUCCGCCCUCGCACGCUCUUGGCUGACGCAGACGACCUCGAGGCCAUCGGCUCGCCGACGAAGAGGGCGCGCCGAGCGUGACCUCGUCGACGAGGCGCCGUCGCAGUUCGACCUUCUCAACGCCGACGACCUUCUUCCUCUCGUUCGGCAUCUGCCUCGACACCGCCCAUCCUCUCGCACUAUUCAUCGUUGGACUCUAGACCCUCUCCUCGCGCCCUGUAGAGAGCCGCCUCGCCCCGAGCUCAGUAGACCUUAGCAAUGCAUACCCGUCCU